AGAAAAAUCAUGAAUUUCAUCAACCCUUUUUGCUUGGAGCCAACUUUAAUUAUUUUAAAGUUUGCUGGCAUUUAAAUUUUACCUUCAUAUACAUAAACCUGCAUACUAUGUUAACUCAGUUUUCCAAUUUUUAAAAAAUUCUCUAACAUAUUUUUUAAUUUGUUUUUCUUGUUGUCAAGUCUCUAACAGAUAGAUAUGUUUUAGCAACCCCGAUCAACUAAUCAAUGCAUUGUUCUGCUGUAUAAUCUGGGGAAAAAAAAUCUCCUUAAACUUCUUUGUUUAAACAACAAAAAUCUGUUCUCGUAAAACUUCUUUGAUUAAACAACUUUGAUUUGAUGGCUAUAGCUUCAACCAAAGUAGAGGCUCCGAGGCGAUUAUCGGAGCUUCUUAACGAGCAGCAAGAACCGUUCGUGCUAGAGAUAUACCUACGUGAAAGAGGGUAUCGAAUAAGAAAAAGCUUGGAGUUAGAGAGUGGAUAUACUGGUUGUUCUACUACGUCGAAUUAUAAUGUUAAGAACAGCUCAAGCAAACAGAAUUCGAAAAAGAGCUCGAAUUAUCAUGUACCGAGUAAGAGUAGCUCUAUUUCAAGCAUCGCUCGGAGUCUAGUUAAUAAACUCGUUUCGAAGAAGGGGAGGAGAACUAGAGCAACAAAAGAGAAUGAAGUCGAGCCUACUAAUAAAUAUUCUUCUAAUAGCGGCUCAACUACGGUGUCAAAUUAUACAUGGUUUGAGGGCGGUACAGAUGGAGAUACUAUCAGCAUCUCAUCUCCGGCUCAGAACGAGACUACUCGUGAUGAUAAGUCAGCAUCAGAUAGAUUGAUGAUUGAAUGGAGAAACGUCGAAGAUAACAAGCAAUGCAGUCCGGAUUCAGUCCUUGAUGAACUCGAUUUUGAGGCUAUCCCUGUUUAUAAUGCAAAAAAACCGCAAGAGAGAACACCAGUAGAAUCAAGAAUAAGGUUUCAGAGAAAUGUUUCAGAGGAUGCCAUUGUAUCGGCCUCGCUUUGGGAGCUGCUGGUGCAUUUCAGAAACAAGCCAAAGCAGCAAGGGAGGAGAAAACCGUUCCCCGAGUACAUGAACUCAAAGAAAGCCUUACAGCACAAUCGACAAUUGAUGUUCGACUGCGUGAGAGAGGCGGUGGAAAGUGGUAAGCAACAGAACAACAGCAACAGAGAAAAUGGACUGAAAAUGGGACCUGAAGAAAUUGGGAAGUUCAUUUGUAGAAACUUGAAAGAAUGGGGAAAACUGUCUGCUGAUAAAACAAACAUCAAACAGAUACUAAAAAUGGACUUAUUAGGAGAUGAUGAAUGGGGUGGCUUUGAAGUAUGGAAGAGAGAAAUUGUUGCUGAAAUUGGAAAUUGUAUCUUUGAUGAUAUUACAGAACAUAUUAUCAGUGACACGAUUGAUCACUAAUGAGUAUUAGUAUAUUUUACAUGAGUACGUAUAUAAGUGUCUGAUUCGGUUGUUUUGUGUAAAUAUUUAUGUGUCAAAGUCUCCGUAUAAAGUCUAUAUCGAAUUAUCAAUGACCCAACACGGCAACACAAUACCCAAAAAGUACGAAAAAUAAAUUGAGAGAUUUUUUUAGGGGGUUGUAUUACUUUUAUAAUGUAUAUAAUUAGUAAUAUUUGACAGCACUAGUAAUAGGAAAGAAUAAUAUAGUUUGGAAUGUAUGUUGAAAAAAAAAAAAAAAAAAAAAAAAAA